AUGUGUUGUUGUGAAUGUUUAUCUGAUAUCUGCCUCAUAGUGGUAUCCGUGUUCUUUCCACCGUUACCGGUGUGGAUUAGAAGAGGCCUUUGUACCUGCGAUUCACUAAUUAACAUCCUAUUGUGUAUGUUGGGAUAUUUCCCGGGAUUGAUUCAUUCAUGGUAUAUUAUCGCAAAAUACCCUCCUUAUGCUAUAAGCCACGAAUCCAAAGUGUACUAUGUGUAUCAAACGCGGCCAGAUCUUGAAAAUCAGUAUGGUGGAGGAACCUCUCGGACAUCGAGGGAUUCCAGAAAUCCACUCCACCACCACCAUCACCACCAUCAUCACCAUAGAGAACCGGUCGAUAACGAGCCGUUACCUAUUGCUAAUCCUACGUAUGGCUCUACCAGUGAUAGAAAUGAUAGAAACGAAACAUCUCCACCUGCGUAUUCUGAAAUCGGCAAAUAG